GCUGACACCACCACAACCAGCUACCGACCUCCUCCGCCAACCUACGCAUUAUUCAAGCCAUUAACGACCCUGGUUCGCUCUCACCAACAGCAAUCGCAAGCAGUCAGUCAUCAUGGUGGACAAAGGCUGGGACAGAUUAAAGGGACACGAGGACAGCCUCCUAUGGAAGAUCUGGCACUGGGACAGAUUCUUCGAAGCAGAUGCGCCCCCCCGACUUGGGAUUAAGCUCAGAAAGCGUAUUCAGUACAUGUCCACCUCCGCCUUUUCCGCCGGUUUGGGUAUCGGAUACAUGCACGGCAGCAAGACCGCAGCCUACCGGUUUCGAGCUGAGAAUGCCCAUCGCUUUCCCGACGCGGCGCGGGGGUGGUACCAGUACCAUAAGUCGAAGAAUUAUCAAGCUUUCUUGCAGGGAUCUACUCAGGGCUUGAAGAUGGGGCUUAAACUAGGUACUGGUGCUCUGUGUUUCUGCUUGUUGGAGGAGGUGGUGGAUUACGCCCGGCAUGAUCAGAGGGAUUUCCUGUCGACGGUUACGGCGGGUUUAUCGAUGUCGGGAAUUUACAGUGUGUUAGCGCGACAAGAUAUCUAUACGGCUGCUCGUUCGGCCAAGACAGGUCUGAAGUUGAGCUUGGCUUAUGGCAUUGUGCAGGAUGUGCUUGAGACUUGGCAAGGAACUCGUCCUGCUUAUGUUGAUAUCGUUCUGGGAAGUCGUCGGUCGAGGACGGAGUGAGAACUGCGCAAUCUGCAUAAGCACUUUUCGCUGGAUGUCUACGUGCCUCUCGGCUUUCUCUCCGGUCAUCUUUCUCUGGCAGACGCAACAAGAAAUCUCGCGAUUCUCUUUAUAGGUGAGUCUCUGAUCUAACCCUGGAAGCACCAAGGCAUAUACUAACGGCAGAGAUCUAGGGUUGCGGAAAUAGUUGCACACGCUUGCCUCACU